UAUCUUGAAAACAAACUAUUUCGAACUUUCCUGAAGCGUUGGAAAUCAGAAAUCAGAAUGGAACUGUUUCGGCUUCGUUUUUGAGACGACUUGACGUCGAUGAAAUCGACACACCUUCUUAUCCUAUCCGACCUUCGAAGACCAACAGGAAGACGCUAUGGACUCAGCAAACAACAACAACGACAACGACAAUAAUAAUAAUAAUGGCGACGAGAUAGCUGAGCCCGCCAUGCAUGCCUCUAACGGAUACACCUCCGGGGACGUGGUGAAAAAACUGAAGGCAGUUCUCUCGUUGAUGGCAUCCCCGCUGACGGACGAGGUCGGUUCUACCAGGUCGGUUCUUUCCGGCCUGGCAACUAUCUUCCUUGCCGGUGCGUCCAUUGGCCUCGUCACUCCCGGAAAUCCGGUGUUGUCUCCUCCCUACCGCAGUGUGAGCGCUGCAAUCGGAUACGUAUAUUUUCUGGCCUGGAGGUGAGUCGAACAAACACACCGCGUGUGACGCAUGGGAUACCAUUGCAAGAGAAUAGCCCUUUUCGAGGUAUGGUGAAAUGCAUCGAACGUUUCUAACAGACAAAAGCAUUGGUGUCUCCCGCGAACGACGGCAACCAACAGCGUGUCGUUUUACCCCCAGGUCAUUUCCAAUUUCAAGCGGAAAUCCGUCGAGGGCCUCUCCCCCGACUUUGUCGUCCUCAACGUGAUUGGAUUCGCCUGCUACACGGCCUACAACGCUUCCUUCUUUUGGAACACCACCAUCCAAGAGGAAUACAAACGACGCUUCGGACCGGACGCCGAGAUCACGGUCCAGUCCAACGACGUUGCCUUUGCUAUUCACGCACUGGUCCUUUCCUUUGUCACGUUUUGCCAGAUCAUCUACUACAACUACUUUUAUUGCCCGGGGCCGACAGGGGAGAUCGAUAGAAGGACUCGAACCGUGAUCCAAUUGUCCAGACCGGUCCUGGCAGUCAUAGUAGGCAUAGUUGCCAUUUGUGUCGGAUAUCCCGCGCUGGUGCUUCUCGGUAAAGGUAGCAGCAGCAGCAGCAAGAACGACAACCUCGACGUUCUCCUCGGCGACGAUGACGCCCUGGCGAGAUUCAAUUGGUUGGAUUUUCUCUACCUCUUGAGCUACAUCAAAAUCUUUAUCAGUCUUAUCAAGUACAUCCCACAGGUUGUGCUGAACGUGCGGAGAAAAUCGACCGUUGGCUGGAGCAUCUGGAACAUAUUGCUCGACUUCACGGGAGGCACGCUUAGCGAUCUACAGGUAAGAUCGAUUGUUUGCAUUUCGUCUGCUAUGAAAGAGGACUAUCGAACCAGGUAGUUUGUUGCGUCCUAGCCUGGCGCUUUUCUGUUUGUCUCUCACGAAAUCAUCCCUCUCAUUAUGGCAUCUUGCCUCGCCGGUGCACCACCGCAUGCACAUUGUUCGAUCACGGUGCACGGGAACAGCUGGUCCUCGAUUGCGCCAAUGCAAAGGACUUUUCGGGGAUUACCCACAACAAGGCGAAACUAGCCCUGGGUUCGCUGUCCAUCGUGUUUGAUAUCAUUUUCCUGGUGCAGCACUAUUGUCUCUAUUCGUCGGCCGAGCCAACCAUUCGAAAUGAGCAGAACGAACCACUCCUUCCAACAACCGACUCGGAUCCCGAGGGAGUCCAAGAGGUCUCGGAAGAGGAACAAUCACAACCGGAAACGAUUUUUGUGUGAAACGUUUUGGAACCAGUCUAGGCCUUUCGACUUGCUGGGAACAACUGCGGACGAUCGGGGCAUCAAAGGAAAAAAAUAAUACAACAAUCCGCUGACAGUCGGAGUGACGAAAGACCAGUAAGCUUAGUUAACGAUACUCU